UUUUUUUAUAAGUCAGUAAAAACUUGGUUAUUUCCUUCGUAAUAUAAUCUGAUUACGCGUCAUAUAAUGUUUUUGUCUGCGAGAAUAUGGCGGUUGGCAUCAGGGCCAAAGACAAACGGAACAUGGCGCUUAGCAGCAUCGGGCCAAAACACAAGAGAUCAACCUUUCAGGGAAAACUCAAAUUAUUCUUCAUUUUAAGCUGAAAAACAAACUCCACCUCCAUUGAGGUAGUUUAAAUUUAAUUUCAAGCUGUUACGCGCUAUUAUUUUUUAUUGUAUAAUAAUUUACGUGUAUUAUAAAUGCAUUUUGAAAUGAAAGCGAAAGUGAUUCAAAACGUAAAGAUGAAGGUUUCCAGUUAAAUUUGCUUUCCUUUAAACAUAUCUUCUAACAAAUGGACAUUUUACAUCUUCUACUUUAAUUAGUUUAUUAGUUGUGAUAUUACUGGUCUGAUACAGCUGAAGUUUUAUAAAACCAAUCCAGAGACAUCCACAAAGUGUGAAUGAUUUGAUUUUUCAUCUCAAGGUAAGACUGAUACAGGUGACACCAGUCAUCCGGAUUCACCAGCAGAUCUUCCACCUGAAGCUGAUCUCUUCAAUAUUGUAACAUUUAUACAAGCAGAACAAUUUUUCCUUACCAACAUUUGACAGGUGAGCAGCAGCUGCCCCUGAAGGAGCUGAUUGUUUUUGAGGUCCUGCACAUAUUUGACAACUUUGGGACAUGUCUUACAAUCAACCAUACCGAAACCCAGCUGAUGAUUACAGCGCAAGCAGUGACAAGUACAAAGACUCGCAACGAAUUUAUCAACGGGAGUCUACCGCUUACAGGUCGCGAAUAAGGAGCGGGUCUCCAGAGCGGACGUCUCCAUCCUCAUCAGAACCUGUCCUCUCGUCUGCUAAGGCUUUGUCUUUUCUGCACAGCUGUGGAUUGGAUGCUGAAGACCUUCAAACUCUUGCCCAGCUUCCUGAGCAUCUCAUCGCAGCCGAUACCCUUCCUGACCUUCUUGCGCAGAUCAAAAGUAAGAAAGCGUCCAACCCUUCUUCAUCUAGGUCCAGCGCGCUCCAAGCCAGUUCGUCAUCUCGCUCCUGGGACGACAGGAGCCACACACAGCUGGUUGAGUAUCCAUUGGAUUUGCCUGCGCGUCAGUCAUAUUCCAUUACUCGAGAGCCAAUUCCAACCUGGGACGACCGCUGGGAAAAUGCCCAACAAACAAGCGCUCCAACAUGCACGUACACCAGUUCUGACUCGAACUACGUGGUUGAAUACAACCAUCUAAAAGACAAACCGUCUUACUUUGACAAAGCGUCUCAUGCCACAGAACCAUCGAGGCAGAAAACAUCCGUCGUCCCGCAGUCUUACUCUAGCCACAGCAGAGACAUUAGUCAAUCCUCGCAUUUGUCCAGCAGAGACGUCAGCCAGUCCUCUCAUCUGUCCACUAGAGAUGCAAGUCAAUCCUCCCAUCGCUCUAGCAGAGAUGUCAGUCAAUCCUCUUAUCUGUCCAAUAGAGACGUCAGUCAGUCCUCGCAUCGCUCUAGCAGAGACGUCAGUCACUCCUCACAUCUGUCCGGGAGAGACAUUGGCCAGACCUCACAUCUGUCCGGAAGAGACAUUGGCCAGUCCUCACAUCUGUCGGGAAGAGACAUUGGCCAGUCGUCACACCUGUCCGGAAGAGACAUUGGCCAGUCGUCACAUCUGUCUGGAAGAGACAUGGGCCAGCCCUCAUAUCUGUCCAGUAGAGACAUUGGCCAGCCCUCAUAUCUGUCCAGUAGAGACAUUGGCCAGUCCUCACAUCUCUCUGGAAGAGACAAUGGCCAGUCCUCACACCUGUCUGGUAGAGACAUUGGCCAGUCCUCACAUCUGUUUAGCAGAGACGCCGCUCCUUCCUCGCUCGUUUCCAACAGAGGCAUCGCUCCACCGAAUCUCCUGUCCAGCAGAGACGUCGGUCUGCCCUCGCUCCUGUCCAUCAGAGACCUUGCUCCACCCUCGCACCUGGCCGGCAGUGACAUUGGUCAAUCUUCACACCAACGGAGGACCGAGUCAGCUCCUAGAGUGCCCACCAGGAAGGAGGCGUCAGAUUUCCACGGGAAAGUUCCUCCAGUAUUUCCCUACGCAUGUGUGCUCUGCGAAAUCACUGUCCUCUCUAACAAGGACUGGUCUUUGCAUAUAAAAGGAGCCCAACAUGCUAAUAGUCAACUUAGUCUUGUGGAAAAAUAUCCAGCGUGGGAUCAGACAAUCCAAUCUGCUCGAAGAAAUGAGGCCCUUCCUGAUCGACACACGUCCAGAACAACACAGGAACGAGGUGGAUCCUCGAACAGUAGAAAUGUAUCGUCAGGGAGCAAAAGUGCAGUGUCGAGCAGUAAAAGUCAAACAUCAAGCAGCCAGAAGAGCAAUAAGACUGAAGCAACAACGAAGUGCAAAGUGGUGUGUGUCAAGUUUGAAGUCGAUGAUGUGGAUGAAGCUUACCUGAAAAAAUUGCUUGGCCAGUUUGGGGCAAUUGUCAAAAUUAUCAUGUUACCUAGAAUGGCUUUUGUGAAUAUGGGAACAGCAGGCCAGGCAGAGGAUAUAGUAAAAUAUUUCUACCAAAACCCUUUGAGGAUCAGAGGAGAACUGAUUGUAUUUACUCUGUCUGCAGCAUUCAAUUUCCUACAGACUUCUCGCGUAGUGAGCUUUUCACCAUUACCUUCUGGUGAUGGCAUACGCUCGGAGUUGACGGCCAUUGCUAAGCGUUUUGGAUCCGUAAAAAAUUCUCUGUUUCUCCCAGGCCGGGGUUAUGUGGAGAUGAGUAGUGCAGAAGAGGCUGACAAAUUGGUGGAGCACUAUUCAACCCAAUCUCUUAAAAUAAAAGGAAAAACCAUAACCGUUUGCUCCUCAACUGAGUACCAGACGCUUGAUACGACGGAUGCUGACGAAGAAAAGUCACCAGUUUCUUAUAGCAGCAGGAAAAGACGGAGGAGCUGCAGCCCAAGGAGGAGAUCCCACAGAGACUCUCCCAGCCCCAAACGAAGAGCCUCUGAAGAGAGGUCCAGGUCUCGCAGGAGUCAAGACUCUAAGAGACGAGAAGAAAGUGGACGCUCACGGGAGAGAACCAAAGAGAGCUCUAGACGGGACAGCUCAUCCAAAUCCCGUUCUAAAAGAAGCUCUCCUUCGAAAGACCAGACGCAAAAAACCAAAACAGAGGAUGGUGUGAAGAAGACCGUUGAAGGCGAUAACAAUCAGUCUGACGUCAAGGCUGAUGAUAGUGAUCUUGAAGGAGUGGCAGUUAUCGCAGAUGAUGGUGAGGCACUGAAUUCAGAAGAUGAGCUCACGGUAGAUGAAGAUGUGGAUGAUGAGGCGCAUCAAACCUCAGAUGAACAGGAACCGGAUGCAUCUGAACAUGGCCAAGCUGUGAACAAGUCAGUUGAUCAUACCAAACUUUCAGACAUGGGCACAUUGAGCAUAAAGCCAGAGAUCUCAGAGUGUGUACCAACUGCUACUACUUCGGAAGGAUCGAGCGAUUGUAAGGAAGCCCAAGAGCUUCAACAAGGAGAGCAAAAAGAGCCUCAAGAAAAGAAAGAAGUGCUUCAACAAGGAGAGCAAAAUGAGCUUCACGGAAAUAAACAAGAGCAAAAAGAGCUUCAACAAGGAGAAAAAAGCGAACAGCAAGGGGAGCAAAAAGACAAUACAGUGGAGAUGGAGGAGGCGGCAGAUUUUUCAGAGAAUCUAGACAAGGAGGGAGUGUUGACAGGAAAAGAUGAUGAAAUGGAGAUCUCGAUUUCAAGCACUGAGGAACAGUUUGGCAAAGUUCUUGAGGUGGCAGGUUUUCCAGUGGCUAAAAAAUACAGUGAAGCAGAUUUGAUGAAAAUUGGGGAAAAAUACGGAGAAGUGGCGAGCUGUUGUCUGGUUCGCAGCAGUCGAAAGGUGGAGAAGGCAUUAAUUGAGAUGGUGAAUGCUGCCGAUGCUGCAAAACUCGAAGCCGAGUGUAAAAAGCAACACAUUAAGCUAGGUGGCAGGAACUUGAGGAUAACCGUGUCAAAGAAAUACAGCCAACUGAACGAGGGGCAAAGUGUUGAUGCUGACUCAGAGAAAGAGAAAGUUAAGGAAGAUACUGAAGAGAACAAUAAGGAGCCGUCAAGCACACUGGCUUCCUGUGAGGAGAGUCCAGGAGUGAUGGCUGAGAUCUCUGAAGAAGGUGCCGAGGCUCAGGAAGCAAAGGAAACCAACAUGGACACAGUCGUGCAAACGUCUAGUGAUGAGGAGGAAGGGUAUGGCAGAGUUCUCCGGAUCAGAAACCUUCCAAUGCCUGAUGAGUACACGGAUGCAGAAUUUCUGAACAUCGCAGAACCGUAUGGUAAAGUAGUGCGCCAUUGGAUGUCUCGCCUUCAUCGAACGGGACUGAUUGAAAUGAAAAAUGCCUCUGAUGCUGAAAAGGUUGUAGCUGCGGCCAACAUGAAUAAAAUUACAGUUGCUGGAAUACAUCCCAAGAUUUUAGUGUCUACCAAGCAUGCUCAUUUAAAUAAAAGGGACUUUCUACAUGGACCUAGUGAGGGUUCUGUACACCCAUCUUCUGAUUUCGAGGAGGAAAAUGAUGAAUCUGAGACACAAAACACUAUUUCUGAGCAGCAAGCGUCUGUCCAGACAUCUGUGAAUGUCGAGGAGUCUUCGAAUGAUAAUCAAGAUGACAACUCAAAGGGAGAUGAGAAGCAGGUUUCUGCAGCUGAUGAUGGAAGUGUAACAAAGGCGGAAAAUUCAGACGCUGUGUCGGAGAAGCAAACACCUGUGAUGGAUCCAGUGGGCACAGAGUUCGUUCGGCCCGUGGUGGGUUACUUCUGUAGCUUGUGUAAUACCAUUUAUGCCAGUGAGGAAGAGGCCAAGAACGAACACUGCAGGACCCCAAUGCAUCAUCAAAAGCUGAAGGAGCACAAAGAGCGUUCAACAUAAACCAUGUGAUGAAUCAAGAAAAUCCACAAAUCAUUCGUGGACUCUCACGAUGAUGACAUAUUGUAGCUAAUUCACAUCGUAAUAUAUGUUUAGUCGUUAAGAGAUUUAGUACUAAUGCAUUUUUUAUUUUAUUGUUGUUGCAUGUUUGUUCUGUUGUCCUUUUAUUUCAUGAGUGGUUUUAUCUGGUGAUCAAUAGAAAACUUUCAUGUUUUCUUCAAAAAGCAUGUGUUUUCUAGCACUGUACUGUAAAACAGAAUGCCAUAAAAUCAUUCCCGUUCAAAUAAAGACCUGUACAGUUAUCAAAUAA